AUGCCCACCAGCGCUGGAAAGAGAUUUAAACCCACCAAAUACAUCCCGGUGUCCACUGCUGCCACACUGCUCGUUGGGUCCACCACUUUAUUUUUCGUUUUCACGUGCCCCUGGUUGACUAAGGUGAUCUCCUCCGCUGUGCCUCUCUACAAUGGCGUUGUCUUCCUCUUCGUUUUGGCCAACUUCAGUAUGGCGACCUUCAUGGACCCUGGAGUUUACCCCAGAGCCGACGAGGACGAGGACAAGGAUGAUGACUUCAGGGCACCGCUCUACAAGAACGUGGAGAUCAAGGGCAUCCAGGUCCGGAUGAAGUGGUGCGCCACCUGUCACUUCUACAGGCCGCCUCGGUGCUCGCACUGCAGCGUCUGUGACAACUGUGUGGAGGACUUUGACCACCACUGUCCAUGGGUGAACAACUGCAUUGGACGGAGGAACUACCGCUACUUCUUCCUCUUCCUGCUCUCUCUGACCAUCCACAUGGUUGGAAUCUUUUCCUUCGGCCUCAUCUUUGUCCUUCACCACAGAGAGAGGCUGGGAACGCUGCACACCACCGUCACUAUGGUGGUGAUGGGUAUAGCUGGGCUUUUCUUCAUUCCAGUUACGGGUCUCACAGGCUUCCAUAUGGUGCUCGUGGCUCGAGGUCGAACAACCAAUGAACAGGUGACUGGAAAGUUUCGUGGAGGAGUGAAUCCCUUCACCAGGGGUUGCUGUGGAAAUGUGGAGUAUGUCUUAUGUAGUCCUCUGGCCCCGAGGUACACGCUGGACCCCAGAAAAAAGCCCCACAUCAAAGUCCAGCCCCCGUUCAUCAGACCAGAUCUCUCCGACCGGCAGGUCACCAUCGUGGUCAGUGACAACGGCAUCCGCAGCACCAUCGUCAGCUCCAAGUCCAAAAGCAGCCUGGACGGCCUGGAUGAAAAAGAAAGCCAGCCCCCGCUGCCGCCCAAAGCCGACCGGUACAACCAGCAGAAAGGCCAGAUGAUCUCCAGUGAAGAGAGUUCUCUUUCCGGUAAAACCCACCCGUCCACUCCAGCCAUGUACAGAUUCAGGCCGUCCUUCGGCACCAUGCCGAAAGUCCACUACCACGCUGCUGGAGAGAAGAUUGUCAUGCCAGAUGAUCAGAAGACCUCAGCCAUCUUGGAAGAGGGUGUCCGUGGUCACGACUACCGAUCCGAGCCGAACCUGGACCUGCCCGAGUACACCAACACUCCCCUCCACCGCACCUUCCAGUCCUCUCCGCUCCAGCUGGACUCCGACCCCAUCAACUCCCGCUCUCUCAGCCUGAAUCAAGGUCACCCCCGGCCGCAGAAGGGCCAGCUCCCGGCCCUGCAGCCGCACACAGUCACCUCCACCCCCUACAAGAGUGUCUUCUCACCCAACACACUCUCCAACCGUAACGGCAGUCUGUCCUACGACAGCCUGCUCAACCCCAGCAUCUCCCCAGCCGCUGCCAGUGAAUGCAUGGCCCAUCGUGGUAUGCCCUCCAUGGGCUUCCACUCGCCCUACCUGCCCACCAAAAUGUGCCACAUCCGGGAACCUGAAAUGCAGAGGCAGCAGGUUGCCCCUGCCUACAGUCCAGUAAUGGCACCCAGAAGGGUGGGCAGGCAAUCACCUCACCCCAGGGAGAGGGACCCCUCCCCUGUGCGCUAUGAUAACCUCUCCCAGACCAUCAUGGCCUCCAUCCAGGAGCGAAAGGAGAUAGAGGAGAGGGAGAAGCGGCAGAUGCUGCAUGGGCGCUCCCAGACUCACAUCUAUGCGCAGGACUCUGUUGUGUUUGAUGGGGGCUAUGGUCUAUCUCACACCGCUUGCUAUGUAGAUGGUCCUCGUGGCCCCAGCUCCAGGGGCCCAACACCCCCAGCCUAUGGAGGCUCCAGGGACAACCUGAUGGGGGUCGGGCUGUUGAGCUAUGGCCAGCGAACCCCUGUGCUGCGCCACGCUGGCUCCACGCUGGGCCGCGCCCCUAGGACUUCCACCACCUCCCUGCACAAUGAUCACAGUAGCACCAACAGCAGCCAGAGGGCUGAGGGCCUCUAUCGCUCCCCGGCCCACCAGCCCCACUCCCCGGCCGUGCCCCGAUCCCCCUCCUACGCCCAUCAGAAAUACUCCUUCAUCAAUGCCCAUGAGAGGAGUGACUCCCCUCGAAUGGGGGGCCCCAGAGAGGCCAUGAAAGUUAACGGGCAGAUGGACUGCCACCCGGGUAGCCAGGGUUCCAACCUCAGCCCCAGUCGCCACAGUAACGUCAAAAAGGUGACAGGCGUAGGGGGCACCACGUAUGAGAUAUCAGUGUGAGCAUGGAGCCCACCUCCACCUCCGACCACAA